AUGAAUUCUAUUAAUGUUAUUAAUGUUGAAGAAUGGAAAAAUUCAAAAUAUCUUGAUUAUAAUAAUACUUUUAAUAUUAUAAAAGAUAUACUUAAUGCAUUUCAUGAUUAUGAAAUGAAUAAUGUUAAUAUACUUCCAAUAAAAUUUAUUAAUGAUAUUAAAAAUCAAGAAUUUAUAUUUUAUCAACUUAUUAAAGAAGAUAUUGCAUUAGAAUCUUAUAGAUUUUCAUUAUACGCUGAUGAUGUUAUAAUUUAUAUUGAUAUGUUAAUGAAAGAAAGUAUUGAAUUAAAUGAUUUAUUGGAAGUUUUAAAAUCUUUAUUUGAGGAUACAAAAAUUCGAUUGAAUUUUAUGGAAGAUUUAUAUAAUAAAUAUAAGAAUAAUGAUGAAAUGAAAAAAAUUCUUAAUAAUAUUCAUGAAUAUGGUCAUCAUACUUUGAAUGAUAAUUUUACAUCUUAUAAUUCAAAUAAUUCAAAUAAUCCUUUUCAUUCUUGUCUUGCAUCAUUAUUAUCAUCAUCAUCACAAUUAUCUAGUAAUUUUUUAUCUUUUAUUAAACCCAAUAAUAAAUCUUCUUUAAAUCAACCACUUUUAAAUAAUGAGAAUGAGAAUCAAUCAAAUUUAGAAAUUUCUUUUCAAGAAUUAAUUUUUAAACAUGAGAAAGGAUUAAAUAUUAUUUAUGAAAUUAAACAAUUUUGGAAAAAUCAAUUUGAAAUUAUUAAUAAAUUUAUUGAUAUUUUUGAGAAAGGUGAAAAGAAAGAUGAAAUUUUAUUACCUCAAGAAGUUGGUCAAGAUAUUCGUAAUAAUUGGGAAGAAGAAAAAAAAAAUAGUGAAAUUUUUUAUCAUAAAAUUCGUAACUUACUUAAAUAG